CUGUGUUUGUUUUUUCCAUAUUAUUGUUGUUGUAAUUCUUGUUUGUUUUGAUUUAAUAAAAAGAAAUUCAAGUUAGUCAUUCGACUACCAUGUCAAAUUCGUGUUUCAAUGGUGAUUUUCGUCAGAAACCUAAACAAAGUUUAGGUGGCGUCAAUCGUAAUCUGAAACGUGAACAGCUCAUUCAACAGGCUGCUCAAGAACGUAAACAAAGAGAAGAAUUUCGUAAACAUACUCAGAUUGCGAUCAAACUACAAUCACAGAUAAGGAAAUAUUUGACCUGCAAGAAUUGGUAUGAAUCCUUACGAGCUGAUUUUGAUUCGAAACGAUCACAACUGGGCGACGAAAUUUUUAUUUAUAAUAACAAUAAUAAUGGCGAUAUUAACAAACAACCAUUUCGGUUAUAUGAUGAUCUACAUUAUCUUGCCAUACGAUUUGUUAGAUUUCAUUCAUAUCCUAUCGAUAAAGAAAGAUUGCUUUUUAUCAAUAAACUAUUGAUCAACAAUCAAACGAUGAUAUUAUCUCGACAACAUGGAUUACAUUGGCUAAAAUAUGUUUUCGCAUACAAUUCAUCCACAUUGGCUCAUCUAUUGGACCAUUUUCCAAGUAACCUUGAAGAAUUUAAAUUAAUUUUAAACACUUUUCAAUGCUAUCUUAAUGAAAACAAGUUGAGCCAAACGUUAAUGGAUCAAAUCUGGGAUUAUCUAGUUCGAAAUGAUUAUAUGAAAAAUAUUCAAAGUAUCCUGUGUAAAAUUCGUGCCAUAGAAUCGAUUGGUGAUAAUUUUUUUGAAACUGUUUAUGAUGUUCUACUUAGGCGUCUAUUAUCACUGCAACAACUUAGUGAAUCGAAUCAAUUCCUAUUGAUUGAACAUUUUCUUAGUCAAUUUCUAUCCGGUUUGAAUGAUUUCAAGUUAUUGAACGAAUUAUUGCAAACAAUUUGUCAAAGUCGUCCACCAUUGUUGGCCACCGAGAACAUUAUUCGAGCGUUCACUAAUCUUGAUUCCCAAUCAAUACUCAUUCAACAAUAUUUAAUCAUAUUUUAUUCGGCCAUCAAAUUGAUCAUACAACCAUUACAUCAUCAAAUGAUACCAAAUCACGCAUCUAAUCAAGUGAUACAAGAUUACCUGAAUAUACUUCGAUUAUUUUCUCAUAGAUUAUUUGCACAUUUUCGUGCGAAACCAAGUUUCAAUUACAUUUACAAACGUGGCCUAUCACUUGAUCGCCACGAAAUAGCUGAUAGUAUGGAAAUCCAAGAUAAUAAUGACGAUGAUGAUGACGAUUUUGACGAAGAUUCCGAUUAUAUGGAUUCUGUACGGCGCAAAACACCAGAUGACGAACGGCUUUUAUUUUAUGUGAAGCAAAUUUUUUCCCUUUUAAACACAGCCGAAAAUUGUAAUAUAAUCAUCCGUUUUAUUGAUAAUCAUUUGGCCACUACCGUUGCCGAUAGUGAAGGACAAUCAUCAACGGCUGUGAUGAAGAAUGCCCUGAUUUCAUUGUCAAGUAUCAGUCAUCUUAUGCUGUUUUUCUAUCCGAACGCUAUUCAUCACAACAGAAUGUUACAUACGUUGGCAUUCAAUUCAAAUUUUCUCAAAAAACUAUGGAAUUUUGUUUUGAACGAAAGUGGUACCGUCAUGCCAUUUGCUGAAUCGACACCAUCAACCUAUAUUCAUAUUCUUUCGCGUGGCCUUUUGAAUUCAUCAUUCGAUUGGCCACAGUUCAUACCUCAUGUAACCAUAUUCUGUGCCCUAUUCAAUUAUUUCCUACAAACAUUAGAUGAUGUUGAAUUUUUCAACGAAUAUCUUAGAAAUAAUGUGGAUACAGGCAGUUUGGAAAAUAAUGCCAUUUCUGUGUACAACUAUAGUGUAUUGCCUUUUAAACUUGACGAAAUCAUCUCGAUGUGUUCGAUUCUUCGUGAUGUGGGUAUUUCACUGAUCGAAUUAGCCUAUCAAGAUAGGCGUAUCAUCAACUACAAGAUCAACCUGUUUGGAUCUGGUGUCGAAGAAACUAUACAAGAUGAAUUCAGUAUCAAUUGUUGGAGUUUAUUAUUACGAAAUCUAUUGCGACUACUUCGACAUAUUUAUGCUCGAGACAUAAGGCAACGAUUCUGUCCGGAAAAUCAUUGGAUUUCCAAGCGAACUUGUAUAAGUAUUUUGCCACAAAAUUUCAAUAUUGCUAUCAAACAACGUCGACGUUUAUAUCAGGAAUUUCGUGGAAUUAAACACAUGAAUCGUGAUGAAAUAAUUCAGCAUGGAUCACCGAUUUCGGUUAAAGACGUAAUUAAUGUGACGUUGAUACAGGAACUACCAUUUGUCGCAUCAUUCUGUGAUCGUGUCAAGAUAAUGCAAUCAUUGAUUAUAUUUGAUAAACAAAAUCAUGAAAUUGAUUUCUAUGAAGUCAUACACGGACGAACUGUGACCAUACGUCGAAAUUAUGUGUAUGAAGAUUCAUUCGAAAAGUUAUCACCAACAUUGGUGCCUUCAAUGAAAAAAAUCAUUCGAGUCCAAUUAGUAUCUGCUCUUGGAUUAGAGGAGACCGGUGUAGAUGGUGGCGGGGUUUUUCGUGAAUUCCUAGCAGAAGCACUGAAAUCGGCAUUCGAUCCAAAUCGAGGCCUUUUCAAACUUACACAAGAUGGAUUCCUUUAUCCAAAUCCAUCAGCUCAAAUUUUAUAUGAUAACAGUGAUAGCCAUUAUUAUUUCAUUGGCCGUUUGUUGGGCAAAGCCAUUUAUGAACACAUGCUUAUUGAACUGCCCUUUGCACCAUUCUUUUUGGCCAAAAUUCUCACCGUCAAUUCCGACAUUGAAAUCAAUCAUUUGGCUUCAUUGGAUCCGGUGUUAUAUAAGAAUCUGAUAUCAUUGAAAAAUUACAGUGGUGAUGUUUCCGAUUUAGGACUAGAUUUCACGGCCGUACAAUCUGACUUUGGUGCAAAUAAAAUUGAAGAUUUAAAACCGAAUGGUGCAAACAUAACUGUAACAAAUCAAAAUCGAAUUGAAUAUAUUCAUCUGAUGGCUGAUUAUAAACUAAACAAACAGAUACGAGGUCAUUGUGCAGCAUUCAAAAAAGGUUUCUAUAAUGUUGUCGAUUUUGAUUGGAUCAAAAUGUUUGAUACGAAAGAAUUACAGAUAUUAAUAUCGGGCGCACAGACGCCCAUUGAUCUCGAUGAUCUUAUGGCACAUACAGUGUACACCGGUAAUUACAACUAUAAUCAUCCGGUAAUACAGAAUUUCUGGGAAGUUCUUACAGAAUUCGAUGAAAAUGAUAAACGAAAAUUUUUGAAAUUUGUCACAUCAUGUUCAAGGCCACCAUUAUUAGGUUUCAAAGAUUUAUGUCCAGCAUUUUGCAUACAGAAUGCUGGUCCCGAUCCUGAACGGCUACCCACAUCAUCCACCUGUAUGAAUUUAUUAAAGCUUCCAGAGAUACAUGAUAAAAAAUCGAUGAAAGAAAAACUUAUGUAUGCCAUCAAUUCUGGAUCAGGUUUCGAAUUGAGUUGAGAAAAAUUCCUGUUUGAAAAAUAAUAAUAAAAUGUUGAAAAUGA